AGCGUAGAGGGCGACGUCGACUUCAUGCUACAAGACCGAAGAGCUGUUUAUCCGUCGGACCCCUUCUACCUGUACCGAACGACGUCGACAGAACGCGCCUCUUUCCUCGAAUACAAGAAGAUCAACCAGCUCUACAAUUGCAACGAGAGAUGUCCUAACGUAAACAACAGCCGAUGCCAGCACGGCGGAUACCUGGGACCCAAGUGCAACUGCGUGUGCCCGCCAGGCGCAGUCGGUGAUCGCUGCGAGCACAGGACAACCAAUGCCAAGACAGAUAUCUGCGGAGAAGUGAUUCAAGAGAACAAUACUGUUCACUUUGCUUCGCGACCUUCGAGUUACCACUGCACGUGGUGGAUCAGGGCACCUCAGGGAGGGCAGGUGAGCGUCACGUUCACCGACUUCUCCGCCGACAACUCCACCCACAGCGUCGGCAGUUGUGACCUGUACUUCGAGCUCAGAAACCGAGACCUCUACAAAGGAGAGAGGUACUGCUGGUACGAGCUACCGCAGGACGAGCCGCUGUUCGCGAAGGAGAAAGAUUUUCUCAUCGACUACUUCGGCUCCAAGGACGCAAACUUUAAUUUCACUCUCACAGCGACGGUGUAUGCGUGAAUGCAAGAAGUGUGCCAAAGGCUAGCGAUGUUCAAGAAUUAUGGACGUUCCUGAGUAGCAAGACAGCCGAGUGUUCCGUAGGAUGUCUCUGUCAGUCUUUGAGGAUGUGCUGGCUCCUGUGAAACACUUGAACACCUUAUCUUGGCCCACGUUCCUUACGCGGCGUAUACAUCGCCAGUUAAAAAGUAUAAGAGUACUAGGACUAAAGCCCACGACUCUUGAUGACUGCUUGCUUCCGAGAGGGUGUGCUGCUCGCGACACAACCAGGUCCUAUCGUGCCCUGCUGACUUUCUUUUAAGACUUCCUUUUAACCUCUUCGCUACCUGCGUCCGCUUUCGCGGACAUGCAUCUUCUUUAGCAAACUACACAACAGCAAACUGCUCAGUGUCAUUGAAAACUCGCACCUUCGUCGCCAAGAGUGUCCCUUACCAGUACGCCAAGAGUGAGCAGCAGAAGUCAUCUUCAGCGGCUGGUGUACACACAAAAGGAAACGGCGGUGAGCAGCUCGCGCAACGCGAGGCUGCUUAGGCCUAACUACUUAAAGUUUCGCAAUUAAUUUUUUUCCAUUCAAAGUAGUGCGAAGAAAAAUUACUAUUAUUGGCCUUUGAGAAUCAUCUAAAAUAUAUCUAAAAAAGUGAAAUCCAGAAUGGCAUUUAUCGGGGGUGUUGUUUACGACGUUCGCAACUAAUGUCGCCGUGUGUGAUCACCCAUUUCUACCCUUUGAAAAUUAAAUUUCUGUUGGAACGUUUUUUCUCAUUGCACUCGCGGAACCAUUUAAAAUAA